ACAUUUGGAAUUCAGUGCUUGUCUGGUACUGGUGCAUUAAGAGUAGGUGCCGAAUUUUUAGCCAACAAUCUUGGGUACAGCACUUUUUAUUAUUCAAAGCCUACUUGGGAAAACCAUAGACUGGUGUUUUUAAAUGCGGGCUUUAAAGAACCUAAGGAAUAUCGAUAUUGGGAUGAGCAGAAACGUGGCUUAGACAUUGAUGGUCUUUUAGAAGAUUUGAGAAAUGCACCUGAAAAUUCUGUUAUUAUACUACACGCAUGUGCUCAUAAUCCAACAGGUUGUGAUCCAACCCAAGAGCAGUGGACGAAAAUAGCAGAUGUUAUGGAAGAACGAAAGUUGUUUCCGUUUUUCGAUAGCGCUUAUCAGGGCUUUGCAUCGGGAGAUCUAGACAAGGACGCAUGGUCCGUGAGGUAUUUUAUUUCGAGAGGUUUCGAACUAUUUUGCGCACAAUCAUUUGCCAAAAACUUUGGACUUUACAAUGAACGUGUGGGCAAUUUAGCAUGCGUAUUAAAAAGUCCUGAAUCAGUAGCACCUGUGAAAUCCCAAAUUACAUGGACCAUCAGAGGAAUGUAUUCAAACCCUCCAAACCAUGGAGCCAGAAUUGUAGCUUACGUACUCUCCAAUCCAAAAUUGUACGAAGAAUGGAGAGACAAUAUACGUGCAAUGUCGUCACGAAUUAUAGAAAUGAGGAAAGCAUUAAGAAGUACAUUAGAAACACUAGUGACCCCUGGUAACUGGGAACAUAUUACAACACAAAUUGGGAUGUUUUCCUACACUGGUCUUAAUGCAAACCAAUCGGAACAUAUGGUUAAAAAGUAUCAUAUUUAUAUGCUUCGUUCUGGGAGGAUAAGUAUGUGCGGUUUAACAUCAUCCAAUGUUGAAUAUGUGGCUAACGCUAUCAAGGAAACGUUAAAUGAUGUCAACUAAUAAAUGCAAUGCUAAUAUAUAUUUACUGAUGAUGUUUUAUUAGAGAUGUUCAUAUCAUACUUCAUACGUAUUGUUAUUUGUUAUUUUAGAUUUAGUAGUUUCAAUAAAAAGUAAAAAUGUU